AUGACAAUCUAUAAGAUGAUGGUCAUCUUGUUCCUCGAUUUUCAAGCUGAUGAGUUUAUGGAAGCUGUGGCGAGGCCAUCAUUCGAGGGCUGCGCAAGCGCUUUCCACCAGCUGAUUGACGAGGAGACAUCUCCGCACGCUGGCGAGCGAGAGGAUGACCUCCGCAUAGGCACAACAACAAAUUCCCGCCUGAUCCACGGCCGUACUCUCCUGCUCGGCCUCCUGGCCCUGCCCUUGUACUUGGGCUAUCGGGCGAUCCUCCCCAAGCCGCUGGCUGGUAUCCCGUACAAUCGAGAUGCGGCCGGCAAGCUCUUUGGCGACGUGCCUGAGAUGAUGGGCUAUGUCAUGGGCACGAAACGCAUCUUCUGCUGGUUGACCUCGUUGACCUCACGGCACAAUAGUGCCAUCAUCCAGGCCUUCAUCAAGCCGGGGUCGCUACCAUGGGUCGUGGUGACAGACCCGUUUGAAGCGCAGGACAUCCUCCUACGCCGCAAGGAAUUUGACCGGAGCGGCUUCUUCGGGGAGCUCAUCGGCGGCAUCCUGCCUGAACAGCACAUCCAGUUCUUGUCAAGUGAUUCGCGCUUCAAGAACAACCGGAACCUAAUCAACCAUCUCAUGGCCCCGACGUUCAUCAGAACAGUCAGCGCGCCCGAGGUGUACAAGUCGAUCAGCACCUUGAUCAAGGUGUGGCAGGUCAAGGCCGACAUGGCCAAGGGCAGGCCCUUCUCCACCCAUCACGACAUCACGUACGCCGCCUUGGACGGCAUCUUCGCCUCGUCUUUCGGGCUUCCUGAAGAAGAGAGCAUCACGAAGAAACGUCUCGAGGCUAUAUCGGAAUGGAAGGGGGCGUUGCCGUCGAAUGCGGAUGAGCCGGUCUCCUUCCCAGAUGCCGAGGUUCCUCAGCCAUUCGCUUCGGUGCUGAUUCUCUCCAACUCAGUGACGGAUACGCAGCUGUCACCGGCCCCGGUCCUUACUUCAUGGGUUCUGCGCAAAUUCCCCUACAUGAAGAAGGCUAUAGCCAUCAAGGACGAUUACAUCCGAAACAAGGUGGAGGAAUCCAUGGCGCUCAUCAACAAGGGUGACACCGAGCCUCGUAACGCUCUGCACUCUGUCUGCCUCCGCGAGAAGGAGGUCGCCGAGAAAGAAGGCCGCCAACCAGAUUACCAAAAGCGGGGUAUUGCUGACGAGUUCUUCGGCUUUAUGAUGGCCGGCCACGACACGUCAGCCACGGCAGUAGCUUGGGGCGUCAAGAUGCUGACGGAUAAACCGAGCGCGCAGGACGAACUGCGCGCGACUCUUCACGCCGAGUUCCCCCAAGCACUGUCAGAAAAGCGAGCGCCUACAUACGAGGAGCUCUCCAAGGCUCACAUCCCCUAUCUCGACGCGGUAGUAGAAGAGGUCCUUCGCCACGCCAACACCAUCGCCUUCGUAGUGAGACAGGCGUUGCAGGACACGGUCGUGCUGGGAUGCCACAUUCCCAAGGGCACCGACGUGUUCCUGAUGGCCAAUGGCGCUGGCUACCUGGAGCCCAACAUGACGGUGUCCGAUGAUGUCCGUAGCCCCGGAGCACGCCGCGGCACGGGCAAGGCGCUCUCGGGGACGUGGGACGAUGGGAAUAUCGGGAAGUUUCGACCCGAGCGCUGGCUCACUGCCGAGGACAAGACUUUUAACUCGAUGGCUGGACCGCAGCUCGCGUUCGGUCUUGGGACUCGCGGCUGUUUCGGCAAGAGGCUUGCGAUACAGACUCUAAAGAUGCAGUUCGCACUGAUCGUCUGGUACUUCAAGCUCCUCCCUACUCCGGCUGAGCUGAGUGGAUACGACGCUGUGCAAAAGUUCGCUAGGGAACCGACGCAAUGUUAUGUGCGUCUGGAGAAAGCUCUGAACGAGUCCACCGGAGAAGGCCAGAGCGGCGAUGAAGGAAAGGACGUUCGAGUUGACCUGAAGUGGGACAGUGCGGACUUGGCGGGGUCUUGA